AUGGCCCCCCCUAAGAGAGCCGCGCGCCCCGCGCAGGAGAACAUUUCCCUGGGCCCCCAGGUCCGUGAGGGCGAGCUCGUUUUUGGCGUUGCCCGCAUCUUCGCCAGCUUCAACGACACCUUCGUCCACGUCACCGAUCUCAGUGGCCGCGAAACCAUCUGCCGUGUGACCGGCGGGAUGAAGGUCAAGGCCGACCGUGACGAGUCGUCUCCCUACGCCGCCAUGUUGGCUGCCCAGGAUGUCGCGGCGCGCUGCAAGGAGCUCGGCAUCACUGCCCUCCACAUCAAGAUCCGUGCUACUGGUGGCAACGGUACCAAGACCCCUGGCCCUGGUGCUCAGUCGGCUCUUCGUGCCUUGGCCCGCGCUGGCAUGAAGAUUGGCCGCAUUGAGGACGUUACCCCCACGCCCUCUGACUCUACCCGCCGCAAGGGUGGUCGCCGUGGUCGUCGUCUGUAA